AUGGCCGAAAUUACCGAAGAUGUUCUCCCAGACGCUCAGGUCGGCUGGUUAGACCUCACGAGCGAAAACGGCCAAGACUAUCACGUCAAGGUCUCCGACUACGAUAUUUUCGAUGGCUCAUCAGGAGAAGAUGCGCCUUCCGCCUCAGGACCUCCAUUCUCCUUCAUCAAAGUUUACUGGCAAGUUGGUACUGAGGGCGCCACCUCCUCUGACGUCCAGCAACAGACAGCUAUCACCUGGUACAAGCUUGAGAACGCGCCUUGA